AUGACGACGGAGGGGAUUGGGGGUGGCCGCAGCCAAUGGACGUGUGCGCAGGCUCGGUGCGCGGUGAGCUGGCUGAGAGACGGAAGAUGGCGGCGGUGGUUAGACUGUUGUUCCGCGGGACGGUUGGCCGGAGCCGUGCGAGGCUGGCGCGACCGGCGGCGACGGCAGCCCGGCGCUCGGUUGCGCACUUCACCUUCGUGCCGGACCCCGACCCCACGCAGCACGGUCCAACUCAGAAGAUGAACCUUUUUCAAUCUAUUACAAGUGGCUUGGACAAUAUUUUGGCAAAAGAUCCGACUGCAGUGAUUUUUGGAGAGGAUGUAGCCUUUGGAGGAGUUUUCCGGUGUACAGUUGGACUCCGGGACAAAUAUGGAAAAGAACGAGUGUUCAAUACUCCUCUCUGUGAGCAAGGUAUCGUGGGAUUUGGAAUAGGGAUAGCAGUUACAGGAGCUACAGCCAUUGCAGAAAUACAGUUUGCAGACUAUAUCUUUCCAGCCUUUGAUCAGAUUGUUAAUGAAGCUGCAAAGUAUCGGUAUCGAUCUGGGAACUUAUUUGACUGUGGAAGUUUAACAAUUCGAGCGCCUUGGGGAUGUGUGGGUCAUGGAGCACUCUAUCACUCUCAGAGUCCUGAAGCCUUCUUUUCUCAUAUUCCUGGAAUUAAGGUGGUUAUUCCAAGAAGUCCCAUCCAGGCCAAGGGAUUAUUGCUAUCAUGUAUAGAGGAUAAAAAUCCUUGUAUCUUCUUUGAGCCUAAAAUUCUCUACAGAGCUGCUGUGGAACAAGUUCCUGUAGAGGCUUAUCAAAUCCCUCUUUCCCAAGCAGAAGUUCUACAGGAGGGAAAUGAUGUGACCCUUGUUGCUUGGGGAACUCAGGUUCAUGUAAUGAAAGAAGUGGCCAGCAUGGCUCAGGAGAAAUUGGGAGUCUCAUGUGAUGUAAUUGAUUUGAGAACUAUUCUGCCAUGGGAUGCUGAAACUGUUUGCAAGUCUGUUGUGAAAACUGGAAGGUUGCUUAUUAGCCAUGAAGCUCCAAUAACAGGAGGAUUUGCUGCAGAGAUCAGUUCCACAGUUCAGGAAGAGUGCUUUCUCAACCUGGAGGCGCCAAUCAGCAGAGUCUGUGGAUAUGAUACACCUUUUCCGCAUAUCUUUGAACCCUUUUAUAUACCAGACAAAUGGAAGUGCUUUGAUGCUGUGCGGAAAAUGAUAAAUUAUUAAAAGCAACAGAAAUCUUCAAGUUGUUUCAAACAGUAAGAGGCUAAAGGGUGAAAAGUGCUCCCCUGUUGCAUUUUAUCCAGACUAAUUCUCGUUGCCUAAAGGAUUAGCUGCCAGCUGCAACGUUCCAGGAAGUCCGGACUGAAGAUGGACCAUGUUUAUACUUUUCUAUUAAAUCUACAAGGGAAGAGAUUGAGCGAUAAACCAGGUUUGCCUCAAGAUACAAAGUUCUUCUGUUUUGAUCACCUAAAGAAUAUCUGAUACUCUAUGUAAUAUUGUAAUCGAGUCUGUGGAAUUGAUUAUGGUUCUUCUUUCAUGUUAAAAGCGUCCAUCUAAUGUAAACACAGUAAAAGUGGCUUUUUUAACAUGUACAAAAAUAAAAAUAAUAUGUAUUUA